AUGAUAAUCGUGAUCCAAGAGCAUCCUCGGCUUGAGGGAAAAGUCCCAGGAAUUUCCCCAGAUGCCCUCUCCCAAGAUUCUGCUUCCACUGAGACAUUGAAUGAGGUUCGAGUGCCCCUUGGCCUUGAAGCCCUUGAACUAUCAUUCUCGCUCGCCGAUCAUCUUCGUUCUGUCGACCUUGGUAUUUCAUCCACCCACGAUGUGACCGACAUAUACCUGUCGCCAUUCAGCUGGUCAGGUCACAAAAAGACAAUCACCCUCUCGGGACCCUUCAUGGCAUCUACUCUUGCAGCAUACGCAGCCGGAGCAUACGCUCUAGCUUCAGAGCCCCUUCGCAACAAAUGGGAUAUCAGCGAUACCCUCUUCAACAUCGGAAUCACCCUUUUCGUUGUCGGCUUUGCCUUUGCCCCUAUGGUUUUAGCCCCCAUUAGCGAGAUGCAUGGUCGAUAUUGGACGUUCGUCGGCUCUGGAGUCGUUUUCUUCCUUGGCACUCUUGGAUGUGCUGUUACAGAAAGCUACGUCGGCAUGAUGGUCUCUCGCCUGAUAACAGGCAACGGAGCCGCAGUAUUUGCAACGCUUACGGGUGGCGUUGUGAGUGAUCUGUAUCGCAAAGAAGACCGCAAUACCCCAAUGGCUCUAUACUCCAUGACAAUCAUGAUCGGUGCUAGUCUUGGACCAUUGAUCAGCGGAAGCGUCGUGGACCUUCUGGGCUGGCGAUGGAUCUUCUUUAUCCAACUCAUCGCAAUCGGUAUAACGACAGCCGCAUUAUUCUUUCUGUUCAAGGAGACACGAAGUAACGUCCUUUUACGUCGGAAGUGCUUCGCGCUCAAUGCAGCCCCAUUCAAGACAUCAACUGGAACAGUGGUUACCUUUGCUCCUGCGACCGAAGAAUUCCUGAACAUCGAGAUCAGCAUGAUAUGGCGAAGUUUUGCGUUCCCACUACGACUUCUCUCGACGGAGCCCAUUGUGUUCUGUUUGUCGUUAUGGGUUUCCUUUGCCUGGGCAAUCAUGUACAUGCAAUUCAGCAGCAUUGGACUAGUGUUUCGCAGCGUAUAUGGCUUCGAUAACGCCCAGGUUGGGGCAGUUUACACCGCUACUAUUGUUGGCUCAAUCAUGGGCAUCGGGGUUUCUCUGUUGCAGGAAUCUAUCAUACAACGGAUGCUCCCUCACAAAAAGCCGUUGUCUACACCGGAGCAGCGUCUACUCUCACCAUGCAUACAGUCCAUUCUCCUACCGAUUGGUCUCCUUUGGUUCUUCAUGACAGCUGGACCAAAUAUCUCAUGGAUGUCUCCGUGCAUAGCCCUUGGCUCAUGUUCAAUUGGCAUUUUCAGCAUCUAUCUCGCUGUCUUUAAUUAUCUUGCUGAUACAUAUCAUGGAUAUGCCUCAUCGGCAUUGGCAGCUCAGAGUUUAUGUCGUAAUAUCUUGGGAGGAGUGUUUCCACUUGUCACGGCUAGGAUGAUAAGUAGUUUGACACUACAAGGUACGGGUGGCUUGCUUGGUGGGCUCGGACUAUUGUUGACUGGUAUUCCAUGGUUGUUGUACUUUUAUGGUCAGAGAAUUAGAGCUCGGAGUCUUUUCGCAAAGGGCAUGGAGUGA